UGGACCAUGAUCCAUCACCUGACCAACUGGUUCACCUUCUUCUGUUGUCCUCGCACCCUAGCCAACAGUCUUGAAUGGACUUUCUCUACUCUCGGUCUCAGUCUUUACCCCUGCCUCCGAGCCUUCUCUCCUCAAAAGGUAUACACAACCAGAGAGACUGGUCAAUCCCAGGUCCUUGAAAGCAGUGAGACUACUAGUCUCGAAAGUGAUAGAAGUGGUGUAGAUGUGCGCCAAUUCGGCGAUUUCCGAAUGGAUUCCGUUAAAUUCCUACCCUUCAUAUUUAUAUGCUUGUUAAUACGCCCAACAGCCUGCAUUAUUUGGGUACCGCUUUGCCUCUACCAUGUAUUCAUGGUGGCACGACAUAAAAGGUAA